GUCGCCAGUCGCCAGUUUGCCAUGAGCGCUCGUUACGUGAGGUUCUUUGUAUAACUCCUCUCUCUCUCUCAAUAUACUCCAAAAAGCGCUCAGCGCUCUUUAAAAGGAUCUUUAAAAAACAUUCUCAUCAAUUCUCCAAAAAUAACACCCCCCCCCCCACAACUGGAUUAUACUAGUUUUGGAUUUUCCGAGAAGUCAAAAAAAAAGACUGUGACAACAAAUAAAAAUAGUGAACUUUUCUGGAAUUUUUACUUCACACGUUUUAGAAUUCAAAGAAAAAUAAAAAGUUCGACAACCUGUGCAAAAGGGGGAAAAAACUUGUGAUAUCAUCGAAAAAAAAACAGUGAACGAAUUUUUAGUGUUUAUUCGUUUUUUGAAAAAAAAAAGAAAAAUAGUGGGGAAUUUUUUUUGUUGCUUUCUUUUUUUCGGCAUCAUCGAACUAAAGAUAUAUUAGUUGCGGUGUUGAGGCCAUGUGUUAAAGACAAACGGUGGCGGCACUUGUUUUGCUCAGCUUUUGUUUUGCUCGCGAACCGGGAGCGCGUGAUUGGUUGCGGUGCGUCAGAGCGCGGACGAGAAGCGGAGCGAGGAUUUUCCGCUCAACGCGAGGACAGGCCUGAAUAUGUCCGCGAAGCGAAAGGCCACUGCCAUCAUGCAACACCACAAGGAAAAUAUUUCAACCCCAGAACCUUCAGACAUAUCGGAGGAUGAUCACUAUUCGAGCGCGCUCAUGAAAGACGCGGAUAAGCUGAAGUUGAUGCUGCUCGCGUGGAAUUAUAAUCUUCAUCAGCAGCAGGCUCAGGCACAGGCUCAGGCUGCCACCGCGGCCCUCUCGCCAAAUAACUCCUCGACAACCACAGCCACCACCGUUGGUACACCUGUCACCAGCCAAUCGGCCAUUUCCACGGCAAACAACACCAUUAACAACUCCACACUCACAGAUUCACGAAACGGUUCGUCGGAAAUUAAUGAUUUGUCGGUUGGUGCGGUUCCAAAUUUGGGCAACGUUGCAGGAGUGGGUGGUGAGGAUAUGGCCUCAUUGUGGGCAUCAUACACGAUGGGCCUGAAGAAAACACCACCGCCAGCGUCAUCGAGCACACCAUCACGAUCGGAGAGAGACAGAGAAUCUAGUCCCGCUGGCGGCGAAGGAACGGGAAGUGCUCACGAUGAGACGAGCAGCAGCGGCAAUAAAGAAGACGAGGACGACGACGACGAGGACGCUGAUGAGAGGCUCGAUCCACGACAUCACGAUCCAGAACGUCUCAAAGCCUUCAAUAUGUUCGUGAGGCUCUUCGUCGACGAGAAUCUCGAUCGUAUUGUUCCUAUUUCGAAGCAACCCAAGGAGAAGAUCCAGGCGAUCAUCGACAGUUGCACGAGACAAUUCCCGGAAUUUGCUGAACGCGCUCGAAAACGAAUCAGGACCUAUCUCAAGAGUUGUCGAAGAAAUAAACGCGGACGAGAAGGAGCUGCUUGGGAUGCUGCGAGACCAACACCAGCACACUUGACCUCAGUGCAAGCUGAGCAAAUUUUAGCGACAGCCUGCGAAAAUGAGAGUGACAAUGCGAAACGCAUGAGGGUCGGUCUGGAACCUGUUUCACAGCCGAUGCCAACGCUUCCCGCUGCUACGCAAACGGAUGUUCGAGCUAGCUUGGAGCAUUUUUCAAGCACGCCGGUAAAGUCACUUCCGGGAAAGCGCGAGGACACCCCCCCUGCCUCGCUGACAUCGCUGGCGCCAUUAACCAGUUUGGCUAACCUGCAAAAUAGUAAUCUCACCUCAACACCCUUAUCACUUGCACCUGCAUCCAAACUACUUACACCCACUGAUAAUAAGAGUCUUAUGAGUCAAACAACGAUAGUCAGUUCGUCUGCAGUAAAUGGAGUUGCAAGCGCAGCAGCGCCAACUGCAAUGUACAGACCAAACUUUAGUCAAGCUUUCCAGCGUGCUGGACCAACAACAGUGCCACCAACAUUGUCGGCUGGACUUUAUCCGACACAGAGCUUUACAUCGGGCCUGCUGAGCAACGGUACACAAAGACCAACAGAUUUGAGUAUGAAGAACACGAAACCAUUGUUAAGCCACAAAUUAAAUGCAACGGAAAUGACAGCAGUGCGACAAUUGAUAACCGGCUAUCGAGAGUCAGCAGCCUUCCUUCUACGAUCAGCUGAUGAACUUGAACAACUAUUGUUGCAACAACCUUAAAAGAAUUUUUACUUUCUUUUUAAAUUUUAUUUUUUUCUUCACCUCUUUGAUUUCGAAUAUCGAGGAGUUUUGUUAUUAUUAUUAUUUUUUUUUUUUGGAGUCGAGUGCUCGCAGCGCCAUUAAAAAUGAACCAUGUUCUAUGGUAUGUUACCGAGUAUAAAAAUAAUGAAUCCAAGAUUCAUUCUCGGCCGACUGUCGGCAAUGCAGAUUUCUGUCAAAAAACUUAUAUAUUAUCGACGCUUGAUAACAUUGUCACGCUAAAUAAUUAUCAGUGUUUCCGUUUAUUUUCUAUUUCUUCUUGGAAAUAAUAUCCUAAAGGCGCUCUCUCACCUCUACUGCCUGCCUGCCUGCACAGGCAGGCGCAAUGAGAGUAAGGGAGAAAAAACAUUUAAUUUGAAUUUUCUGACUCUCUUACUCUUAUGUGUUACCAUGACGACCUGCAGGCAGGCAGGCAGGCAGUAGAGCUGUGCGAGCGCCUUAAACGAGCUUCAUGUUCCGCCCCCUUCUCCCCCUCCAUCGUGAGCGACUCUUGACACUAAAAUUUGAACUUGAAAAAUCUUUAUUAAUUGUCAAGUUUCAAAUAAAAAAAAAAUAUGACAGGGUGUAAAUAUAGUAAAUGGAAAGACGAUAUUUACUUAAUUAAUUAAGCUCGAAACUAUUGAAUAUAAAUACAAAUAUAUAUAGAUAUAUAUAGAUAUAUAUUUUUUUUGCUGUUUAAAUUGACAAAAAGUACAAAAUAUCCUAAAAUAUUGCAAUAUGCAAAUUGUUUAGGAUAUUUUUUUUAAAUAUCGGAUAUUUUGUGCUAAUUGCAAAACGCCUAUUCAGUUUUUAUAAAACGAAUAACGAUGAAAAUUAAUUUCUUUCGUUUCUUCGAUACUACGGGCACGUGCCACACAAUAUUAUAUUCGUUAUACUGUAAAUAGUAAGAAAACAAAAAAGCUCUAGAAUAAUUAAAAAAGGAUUUUUAUUUGAUGAAUUGAGAAAAAAAAUUCGUAAAGCUUUUUUUAAGUUUUUAAGCGCACGUAAAAAAUACUUUCUUUUUCAUUUAGAUAAUUUUUUACACGAUUGGCUCGUUUUUUUAAAAAGAGAAAAACUCUUCCAUUUUUGGGACCAUCUUUUAAUUUCAAAGUAGAAUUUUUUUUUACUUUUUUAAAAAAACUUUUAUUUUUUUUUCUAUUUGUAUAAGAAUUAUUGUGCGGGUCUUUCGUUUGUGUGUGUGUUGAGUGUGUGCUUCACCGCGCUACCAAAGAACAGAAUAAUUAACAAUUUUAUGAACUUUACAAGAAACGACACAAAUAAGUAAAAAAAAAAAAAUAAAUAAAUAAUUAAAUCCUAAAAAAUAAGAUAGUCAUAGACUCAAAGUAAUAUUCUCGAUUUUAAUGCUUCGAGUUUACUUUUACUGAUCCUCUACCGUUAAAGAAAAAAAACUCUACGGCAUAAACUAUACGAUGAAAAAAAAAGAUUUCAUUAAAUUCUUUGGAAGCAACAAAAAAAAAAGAUAUUUAAAAAAAGUAAAAAACAAUUAAUAUAGGCUAAUUUGCAUAUAAUAGGAUUACGAACAAUUUUUGUUAAAUAUGUCAUUAUUGUUGAUUUUCAGAGUUACAAUUUAAAUUGCGUUUUUCAUUUUGUAGAUUAAUUUGUUUGCGUUCUUGUCUCUUUUCGGACAUUCAGGCAAGGAAAUUCGAGUAAAAAAAGAAAUAUUUUGAUAUUGAAUUCAUUUUUUCAGGGCCUUUAAAAAUAAAUGGAAAAUAAAUUGUUGUUAUAUUUAUAACCGUUUUCACAGAGUGUUUGUGUGGGGUUAAUUAUACACAAAAAGAAUGGGGUAAAAUGUUACCAAAAUGAGGGUUAAAUGUAUACAAAUUUUUUCUGGACUUGGGAAAAUAAAUUCAAUGUCAAAAAUAGAACAUUAAACGGAUGUAAAAAAAAAUUAAAAAAAUAUAUUAUUAACGAAUAUUUCUCGCAAGAAAUUCGUUGGUACUCGGUCUGUUGUUUUUGUAAAUAGUUUAUACGUCGAUUUAAUAUAAAUAGGAAUAUAUUGAAUAUAAAUAUAAUGUAUUAAGGCUAUUGAAUUGCGACAAGAAUAAAUAAAUAAAUAAAUAUAUUAUAUAUGAAGUCCAGAAUCAGAGUUGGGCAGUCGAGAUAAAAGAAAAUUUUAAGAAUAUUUCAAGAAAUUUUUCUAUUUAAAUUUUUCCUUAAAUUUAUUUUUAAUGGCAAUUUUUUACUAAUUUUAAAAACAAAUUAAUCAAGAGAUCGUCUAAAUUUUUUAAUGAAAGAAAUAUUUGACAACGUUUAUGUAAACUGAAAAUUUAUAUGUAAAUUUUCAAUUUUAAUUUUUAUUAUUUUGGGUUAUUCCUAAAUUUUAAUUCGGUUUUUGUUAGGUAUUUGAAAUAUUUUAUUGCUCCCCACUAUUUUUUCACACUGUUUAAAAAUAAAAUUUGCAGCUAUUUACUGUUUUUAAAAUUUCAAUUAAUUUAAAAAAAAAAAUAUUUUCAUUCAAUUUAAUUUUAAAUUAAAUUUUUUAAAAAUUUGUUAAUGCUAAUUUGUAGCAAUACCACUUUUGACUCUUUUUUCAAUACUAAUUUUGUUUUAUUUAACUAAUUUAUUUAUUUACAAUAGUAAAUAGUUUUUCAAUAUUUGCAACAAAUAUAAUUUUAUCUUUCUUUUAAAAUUUGAAAUAAAUAAAGAAAAUGAAAUAAAAAAAUUUCUUGAUAAAAAAAUUUUUUAAAAGAGAAAAGGAGAUUUAAUUGCCCGGUUCUGAUUAAGUUUUGCUGCUGUGCGCUCAGAAAAAUACACUAAAAACAUUUUGGACGAAAAGAAUUCAUUUUUCUGAACGUGAACACACAUUCCGGAAAGUCAGUCAAAUUACAGAAAAAUGAACCAUUUGCCUUUCGUUUUGCAUCAUUUUUAGUAAAUAAAUAUAUAUAGAUGAAAACAAAUAGAAAUUUAAAUUAAUAACGAAGAAAAAAAGGAAGUGAAAUCUCAACGAAUUUCAGCAAAAGUUCAUUAUUCUGAAUUUGAUGCAAAAAAUAAAAAUUGUACCUCACAAAAAAAGUUGUCUUUAAACUUCUCGAUCGCAAGCACUUUAUUUUCUCGUAAAUUUCGUGUCUUUUCUUCUUCAAAUAACACAAAUUUUGUUAGUAUUUUCUUGUUUAUAUCAUUGUCGAUUUUUCAGUCUCAAUGGAAAAUAAAUCGAAAUUAGAAGUGAAAAAAAAAUAAAUACUUCUCGGGCAAUAAAAUAAGAAAAAAAAACGAAAACAAAAUGGUACCGAUAAUGUUACCUCUGUGAUAAAAUUUAAAUUAUUCAUCCGAAUAGCAAAAACAAAAUCGAAGACAAAAAAAAAGUCGAAGC